UAUAAAAGAGUAUGUUACUAUGGAAGCUGGGAAAUCUAUAAAACAGGAAUCUAUAAAUUUACAGCUGAUAAUAUUUCACAUCUAGAUCUCUGUACUCACUAUAUCUAUUCAUUCGCUGGUAAUGCUUCAAAUCGUACACGCGCUAAUAUAAUUAUUUGUAUUUCAGUCGGAUAUAAGAAACUAACAGAUAAAAAGAGGAUCAAUCCUGAUAUGAAGGUGAUACUAGCUGUAGGAGGCUGGGCGUUUGGAGUGAAGGAAUUUUCAGACUUGGUGAAGACUAACGCCAGUAUUGAUCUAUUCUGUGAGAAUGCUGUGAAGUAUUUAAGGAAAUGGAGAUUUGAUGGUGUAGAUAUAGACUGGGAAUAUCCGGCUAAUCGUGGAAGUCCAGCAAGUGAUAAAAAGAACUUUGCUACGUUACUUGAGAAAUUAAGAAAAAGAUUUGAUCGUGAAGCAAGAGAAACUGGUCGACCUCGACUUUUGUUGUCGUCAGCAGUUCCGAUUACUAAGUCGAUCGUUGAUUCUGGUUUCGACAAGAAACGAAUUGGAAAAGCUGUAGAUUUUUUAAAUGUAAUGGUAUAUGAUUUAUAUAAUACAUUCUCCAACAAAGUGGGUCAUCAUGCUGCUCUUUAUCCGAGGACAGAUGCUACUGGUGAGGAUUUACAACUUAAUGCUGAAUGGGGUAUGAGAUAUUGGGCUGAGGAAAUCGAGAAAGAGAAACUUAUACUCGGUCUACCAACUUAUUCGCGUACAUUUACUAUGAAUACUACGGUUAACCAACCAGGAAACUGGAGUCUUAGUUCCGGGGUAGCGUUUACUACAGUAACUACAGCAAAUUAUUACGAGAUCUGUAAAAAAUUAAAAGAGGGUGAAUGGACAGAAGGCUGGGAUGAUGAACAGAGUGUCCCAUUCGCCUUCACAGGUACAGAAUGGUCGGGCUAUGAUAAUGAGAGAAGUGUUAAGGCUAAGGCGGAAUUCGUCAAAGACAACCAAUAUGGCGGACUGAUGGUGUGGCAGUUGGCCUCUGACGAUUUUCCAGGAACAGCAUGUGGGAAAGGGAAAUUCCCUAUCGUUAGCGCUAUGAAGAAAUCUUUGGAGGGUUCCAGGGGUAAGAAUUCAGUGUUCAGUCGCAAUUUCGACCCAUAA